AUGUUUGGUAAAAAGAGAGUGAGAGCUACACAAGCGUGUAUUCUUUGCAGAAAGAAAAAAAUCAAAUGCGAUGGAACCAAACCUCACUGUCUACAUUGUCAAGAAUCCAACUUGAAUUGUGAAUACACAGAAUCUAAAAAGAGAGGGCCACGUAAAGGAUACGUUCAACUAUUGGAAGAUAGACUAGCACAACUCGAAAGACGAUUGACGGUAGCAACGAACGAUAAUUUAAUGGACGAUAAAAAAGGUUUUUUUUUUCUUGAGAGAGAGAGAGAGAGAAUUUCUAAUGUCAAGAUAUAG